ACAUGCAUCAAGGCUGAUACCUCGAAAAGUAUCAAAAUGUUCAUUCAUGUAUGAGGUCUCUGCAUAUGCUCUAAUGGCUCGCAUGAUAGUGAUUAUAUCGCUAUUCACUGUUAAUUUCUUUCAAAGGUAAUAUUCACUAACGCUUUGACCUUUAACAUCCCAGAUAGUGAUCUAUCUUGGCCAUUAGUUAUGAUUUUGGCACAACUCAUUUUAAUGAAAUGGGACCCGGAACAAUGGGUUGACGCGAAUGAAAAUGAUCUUGAAUUAACAAUUAAGCACAAAUGGCUUCUUAUUUACCCCCACCAGCAUACAGUGAGAUCUACGAGCCACCACGGCUUCGCGAUGGCGCGCAGCCCUCUCAAAUUAGGCGCAAGCCUUUGACACCUAGGUUGACGACGGCAACGUCUUCGGAAAGCGAUAUCAAUACUCCCACAAAGCAUGGUCAAGAUAUACAGGGAAAUGGAAAAACGGAGAGACAUGAUCAUAUCAAUCACACUCCAGCUUCAGUAUCAAAAUCGCAAGCAGAUUCUCUCAAAAUUGCGAACUUCAAAACCCUCCAAAUUACCCAAACGAGCACGAACAUCCAAAGAACAAUUUCCACCCCAGCAACACCCCUAAAUUUUUCAUCCUCCGAAAAUCUCUCCAAAAUUACACUCAAAACCUCCCCAGAACCAUCAUCCACUGCAAUCGCCUCAUCCUACAUCACCAGCGCAUAUCGAGAAGCACGACAUUUCGCCGGGGGCCUCAUAGCGCAUCCAUCAGAAAGCACAAAACACUAUUCUAUUCUGCGGCAUUCACACGGCUUAGUAUUUUAUCAAGGGUCUUCUACCACUCUUGCCAUCUCAAUCUUUUCCGAUGCACCUUUACCGACAGGUCGACAGAUAUGGUUACAAAACAAGGGAUGGACUGGAAAUACCGGGAUGCGAUUAAAAGCUUUCGUCGGGAGUAAUAGCAAUUGGGUGAACGUCACACCGGGGCUGUCUAUCUCAGCAGCGCAAUUAAAAGAAAGUGAUGAACGAGCCUGGCAACGGGAUAUCAAAAAAUUCCUAAGGAAGACUAAAUAUCCAAACCAUCUAUUGCGGGAAACUCUUAUCAUUCGCAUCCCAGUCGAAGCAAGCGAUGGGUAUUUCCACCUGGUACUGUGUUCUGACGAAAAGAAAAGGGUUAUAUGUCCCAGUCCCGUAUUUCGUAUCCUUUCUGCGUCGACAAGUCCUGCUUCGGUGAGAGGUGCGAGUUUAAGUACUUUACCCUUGGAACUUGGUGCGAUGGCUAUGACUGCUUAUGCGAAUAAAACAAUUGGAAGAUUGAUAACUCCAGCUACAAGUGCUGCUGAAAAAAUCGUUCAUCCUUUUAUGCCAUCUCCAGCGAGGAAGGAAGCAGCUAGGACAUUUUAUGGAAAAAGUGGAACGGGGGAUAUGAUUAAAUCAACCGUGUUGGAUGGAAAUAUCCGAUAUGAAGGAAUGAAAAGUUUUUCGUACAAUCAAGCUGGAAGUGGAGAUAAUGAGUUUGGUCCUAAACCUCCUUAUCCUAUUUCUUUCGCCGCACGAUCGGAGAUUCAAAUUAGAGAAGAUGAAGAAGAAGAAGAUUAUUUCAGUAUGCCCUCUAUGAAAUUAUCAGGUAUUGCAGAUCAUAUAUCUCAUCAACUCCGCGGUCAUUAUUUCGCAUGGGCACGACAACAUCCUAUUAAAGGACAAGCAAAUACCGAUGCGAAUCAAUGGUCUCAGAGUGUAAUCUCAUCAUUACCACCGCAAGCUUCGGAUUUGCAUAAAGCUACAAUCAAGCAAGUCAACAAACGAAUCUUAAAAAUACACUUUAUAUCCGAAUUCUUCGAAGCCCGCAACUACGAUGCUAAAAAUCUCGAUAUUAAAAUUAUGGGGUUUAUACGUUCGGAUUCUAAUACAUCCCAUCUUUAUAAUCAUUCUCAAUAUCAUUCAGAUAAUAAUGAUACAGUAAGAGUAGAAGAAGAAGAAGAAUUGAUAGCUUCAAUGAACGAUAUUCUAUUCACGCGACAGAUUCUUAAGGAUCCGAUUUUUGCACCCGAGAUGCAUGUUAAUAUAGAUGUGGAUGUGAAAGAGAGGGUAGUGGAGGGAUAUGCAGAGUUAAGGGUUAGGACGCAGAGAGGGGUAGAUGGUGUAUUGGGGGAGAGGAUGGGUAUGAGGGGUGAGGGGGAUAGAUUGAGGGAUAUGGGGGUGGGGGUUGGUGGGUUUUUUGUUGUGAGGUGAGUGUGAGGAGGUUUGGGUGUAGAUGGGUUGUAGGAGCGGUGGUUGAUGGGAUGGUUUAAUAUCU